AAGCGCAACGAGUGUAAGCGAGUCGAAGUGUCCAGUUGGCCUCACUGCCGUCACUUGAGCAUUUAUACUCAGCCAGCACACGGCAGCGAUCCAACAACCAAUCAGCAUCGUUCAUUUCCCCGCUGCGCGAAUAGGCGUUGCCGAACACCCCUGCGUUCGCUUCGAUUAAGCGACUUGUAAAUGGGCGCAGUGCGCAAGUAUGGCCCCGGCCACAUAACCAGCUACCACAGCAACAACAAUAACAAUGUGGCAAGGAUUUGAAACAGGUUUGACUGUGCUACUGUGGCAGCAAGUGCUUAGCGGCAAUUCAGUUUAGCGCAGAUAUCGCGUUCACGCGGGUGUCGCAAACAUUCGGAGUAUACAUGUACGAGCUGACGGUGAAAACGAGUUGAGUUGACAAAAACAAAUUGAAAUUAAAGAAACGUUAAGUAAAUACCUAAUAUUAUAGGUACACGUUAGAGGUGGGGUGAACAAAAAAGUUUGUCAUAAAUACGUACACACAUGUACAUGUGCAUGAAGAUGUAUAUAUGUAUGUAUAUACUCUGGCUUAUAUGGAGAAAAAAAAAUACAUAAAAUGAAAUUAAUUAACUGCGCUGCAGUAAGUUCGAUGCAGUGUUUAGUGGCAGCAGCAGUUGUUCAGAAGUAAUUAAAUUCAUGCACGUCGCCAAACUAAACGUCAACCAGCAGACACCUACGGCGACAGUUCGUCGUGAGCGCUUCCAAUUAACAUAGUAUGCGAAUUCUUUGAUUGUGCCAAUAAAAAAAUAAACAAAAAAAUCUAAAGAAAAAAAUAAUAAAACUAAAUGCAAUAUUUUCAGAAAUCGAAGAAAAAUAAAUAAAUUAAUUAAUUAGUGAAAUUUUAAUUAAGUUUUUAUAUGUGUUUAUGUCAAUUACCAAUAUACAAAUACAUAAUUCGUUGUGUAACAAUAAAUUACCAAAAUGUUUGUUCACCAUUUUGACCAUUUUCAAUUUGAAUUUAUGAACGCCGACAAUUAAUUAUUAUUUUGCAAAAUCUAAUUCUUUAAUUACUCUAAAUACUAAUAACGCUAAUCAGAGUGCAAAAAAUAAGUGAAAUAGUGUGUUUUAUAUAUUAUAUUUGUAUUACUACUUUUGUUCGGUGCGAGCGUUUACCGACGCCUUUAGGCGCCUAGUAUGGAAAGCAACGCAUUUGGUAGCAGCCAUUUGCCGUCACAAGCUUUAGUCGUACUUUCGGAGGCUGCUUCCGGUUUGCAUGAGGCUUUAAGGGGCCAACGCCCUUUCCCACCAAGAUUACCAGACGCCAAAGAUCUACACAAUAUGUCACUUGUCGGUAGUUACGGCACACACCUGCUGCACAGCUUCCAUCCGCACCUGUUACAGACGCUCAACCAUGGCAUGUUGGCGGCGAAUGGGGGGCCAGCGAGCUACUUUGCCAGCGACCGCGGACUCGGAAAACCAUCGGUAUUAUCGAAUUUUCAACUGCCGUCGGCGUUUUCACCACCCAAAUAUAUAGGCAUAUCACUGGAUCAGAAUCUCUUCAAUGGCAAUGAUUCAUUUCGCACAGACUCGGCGAGUCCCACAUGCACUUCCCACGAAUCGAUGGAAGGAUCAAACGAUUACGACAACGGUGAAAAGGGUGAAAGUCCGCGCAGCAACAACUCCGAUCCGAGGGAUUUAAGGCAUGUACACAACAGCAAUGGCGGUGGUAGCAGCAGCAGUAGCAGUAGCGGGAGCAUGGUGGGCAUCAAAGCGUCAUCAGCAACUACAACAGCAACUUCCAUGGCGGCCGCCGCUGCUGCCGUAGCCGCCUCAGUGGCGUCAACCACAUCCUCGCCCGCGUCAGUAAGUCAUCUCGGCCAUCACCAUCAUCACACACAUCAUCAUCACCAUCAUCCGAAUGGUGGUCUGUUGGCUGCGGCGAGUUUGGGCGGCAUGGGCGGUCUCGGUAUACCGGUAAGCUGUGCCGGUUUGCGUAGUGUGGCGAGUGGUCUCAGUGGCUUGACCACAGCCGGUGGAGUCGGUGUGGGCAUUGGCAGUGGUGGCAGUUCGAGUGGCAGCAAUAGUAGCGGCGGUCUGGCGAGUGCGCUCAGUCUGCCGCCGGGUCAUGUGCCAGAUAUUUGCCCAAUCUGUGGUAUCAAAAUUUCGGCCGAAGAAUGGAAUUCACACUUUCUGACCGAACUAGACCGACUCUAUAAGUUGAGCUCGGGUAUGGAACGAACGAAUUUACAGGCAUCUUAUAUGUUUGCACCGCCAUGUCCGGCACAGGAGAACGCCAUACGCACCAGCCAUAAUCGGUGGGAGACUUUUCAGCGAAUACGCAAUAAUAGGCAAAAUCGUCUGAGAAUAAAGGGACGAAAACGGAAAUAUGGCAAUGAUUUAUAUUUCAUGGAAAAUCUCUUCUGCAAUUCCUGCCCAAUAUGCAAACGAAAAUAUGCGAUUGAAGCCGGAAAGAUGCCACCUGAGGAAGAUACCAAAAUGCAGGAAGAAAUCGAAACGGUCGACGUUGAGAGUUGUAAUGAUGAUGUUCCGGACUCGGGCUCCGAAUUGACGACGCACUCUCAACUGAGCGUGAAUAGCAUGAGCCACGGGCAUCACAGCAACAUUGUCAACACAACAUUGAGCAGCAAUAUGCAUAGUAGCAAUAGCCAACCAGGAAAGCUAGAUGGCAUCUUAUAUAGAACGGCUUGUGUAAUGAAUAAGGACACGGCAAGUAGUGAGGAUGAUUUGAAUGCAACCAGCACCAGUGGCGGUAAUAUAACGCAAACGUGGAAUCAGACGCAACAUCACUCAGCGCCCACCAUUACAGCGCAACAAGGACAUAUCAGUGUGAAAAAUGUCAGCGAACUGUCAUCGACAACCCAUCACUUCUACAACGCGGACUCGUGUGGCGCCGUUGAUGAGCGCUCCAGCGGUGGCGCUGCGACCGGCGGCAAUUCUAACGGCAAGGGUGUUGCGAUGGAAACAUGCAAUGCCAACGACAGCGAUGAGGACGUCAUUGUCGAUGAUGAUGAUUCUAUUAAAAUGACGAAUAUCUGCAGCGGAAAAAAACGAAAGUUCGAUGAAACGGAAGUUAGUAGCAGGACUUCGGAUAAUCACUCGCCGAUGGUCGAACAGGAGCGACCACGUUCGGAGCCGCAAGUGACCAGCACUGAGCCAAACAUUGACAUUUCUAAUAAUAAUAAUAAUAACAACAACAACAAUUCCAAAUACAGCACCUUCGAGGAGCUGCGCGCUAAACAGCAACAGCAACAACAAGUAGAGGCAGAUAAUGCGCACAGCAUGGGCGGUAUUGGUGGAGGGGGCGGCGGUGUUGGUAACGGUGCUAGCGGUGGAAAUUGUGGCGCUCAUACAAAUUUAAUGGCAACGGCACACACGCAAAUGGACUUAAAGGUGGGAUUUAGUUCGGAUAAUAAACCGGACGAUGAAAACAAAUGUUUCAUUUGUAAGACAGGUAUAAAGGAUUUUGCCACGGAGUCCUUCUUCCGCGGACGGAAUUUAUAUUUUCAUCAGAGUUGUGCCAAUGUGAUGAGCAGCUAUAGGUUGAGUAAAGACUUGCAGCAGCAACAGCAGAAUCUAAUACACCAACAACAACAGCAGCAACAGCAACAACAGGAGGUACGCAAAUCGCCAUCGCCACAACAAUUGGUGAAUCUUUAAGAAUUUAUUCAACAAUCACAACACAUACUCGUACAUAGUAUAAUAUAUAUCGUUAUACAGAACACACACGGAAUUCGCUGGUAUAUUUGAAAAACUAAAUAUUAUUUUAACUAGAAAAUACUACUGGUGGGACGAAUAAUAAGACGCAAAGAUGUUCAUGUUAACAUUGGGGAUGUUCUUAUUUUAAAAUGGAUUUUUAAUUGGUAGUUAUAUUUUGGGGGUUAACUGCGGGGAGGAUGGUUUGUAAAAAAAGUAUACAGGUAGUAUUAAUUUUUAACCGACUUACGAGCGUAAAUUAAAAAACAAAAAUCAUUACUUACUUAUAACAGAUAAUGUUAAAUUUAGACAGAGAAUGUUAUUUAUUGUUUUUAGUUAUGCACACUGAACAACAAUCAAUAUGCUCUAUCCGCAAAAAUGGGCCUCUUGGUUUACUAAUGCAAGGCGUCUCAUUGAUUAUGUGGAAUGAAUGCACCAUGAGCCUUAAAGAACAUAUAGAGGCCGUAGACAGAACAUUAAAAGACCUUAGAAACUCCUUUGCUCUCAUGGGCGGGAUAACUUUUGUAUUUGCCGAAGAUUUCCGACAGACUCUUCCUGUGAUUAACAGAGGUAUCCGAGCAGAUAUCAUCAAGCAUGCUUAAUAUCGUCGCCCUUAUGGACUUCAAUUGAAAAUAUAAAAUUACGGACUAAUAUGAGAGCUUAUCUUCAUGGAAUCACUGAUCGUGAUUUUCCUCAACAACUGCUUACACUUGGGGAAGGAAUUUUUACCACUCCAAAUUUAACAGUAAUUGUAAUAUUUUUCUGGAUGAGUCUCUAGGCCAAAUAGUCCAUAGUUUAAGUAUUGACAUCGAGAAUUUGCAUGAGAAGGAAUUUCAUUGGUUGUGUUCUAGGCAAUAUAAACAAUCUAAUUAUUCAAAAAGUUUCCGAAGAAAUAAAAAAAUACAAAUCGAUAAACAGUCCAUUAUCCCCGAAGACACAUUACAUUAUCCCCAGGAAUUUUUAAAUUCAUUAAACCCUUCUGUAUUGCCACCACAUAAAUUGGAAAUCCAAUUAUGAUUUUGAGGAGUUUAAGUUCUCCAAGCAUGUGCAACGGAACGAGGCUGCUUAUUAAGGCAUUGAAGAACAAUUUAAUAGUAGCAACCAUUAUCACCGGCGCAGCAGCUGGUCAACUAGCUCAUAUAGCGAGAAUUCCGAUGAUCCUAAGUGAUCUUCCAAUCCCAUUUAAACGGUUUCAAGGUGAAAAUAUCUUUCGCUCCAAUUAUAAACAAGUCCCAAGGCCAGACUUUCGAAUAGGUAGGGGUUAACCUACGAAAAUAAUGUUUUACUCAUGGCCAACAGUAUGUUGGUCUAUCGCUGGUCGGAGGUCCUAGAAAUUAAAAAGAGUGUUUACAAAAUUAUUACUUUUGAAAUGAUUGUUUAACACCCGUGUGAAGCCGGGGCGGGCUGCUAGUACCAAAUAAAAGAAGCAUAGGCCAUUAGUUAUUUUUAAACCAUUUAAAAAUAUUAAAAAAAAAUUUUUUUCGUUUUCAUUGUUUUCAGGAUACUAGGUUACUUCUUUUCGUAAAUUUUUAUUUAAACAAUUUACUUAUCGUAAACAACACUUAUUUUGAAGAGAUUGAAUAUUACAAAUGUUCUUUCAGGAAAUUUAGUAUAAAAUAUGCGAACAUCCCUAACAAAUAUAUACACACAAAUUCAAAUAGUAUAUACAAAUACACAGCUGAUCAGAAAUACUUAUAAUUUCGAUAUUACAUUUUUUCUUAGUAUUAAGUAUUAAUUAUGAAUUUCAUAAAUAUUAUCAUUGUAAAAAUUAGUCGCAUUUUAGUUGAAUAAAUAUUAAAUACAAUUUUAUUUCAUACAUAUUUAAUUAUAAUCUAUAUAAUUAGAAAAAGUACGAUUAAUUCAUUGUUUUUCACUAAUACUCUAAUAUUUAAAUAAUUGUGUGCUAUAGUUGUUAAAUAUAUAUCUGUGUACAUCAUUAGGUUAAUGCAGACGACAUACUUAGUUUUUAAGCAGAGAGUGUAUUUAAAGAGAAAGUGUAAUUACAAUUUAAAUUAUUGAAUAGUACUAAAAAAAUGAAAAAAGUAACUAACGCAUUAAAAAUAAAUUAUAAAUUCAAAACAAAAUGUUGUUUGUUUACUCGAAUAUGGAUGGGAAAGGCGAAAUAUGUUCGUUUUAUGUACAUUAAGGUGGGCCAAAAAUUAGUUUAUAUUUUAUUUUUCGUAGUUACCAUGAAAAUCUCAUUCAACAUGACUAAAAACAAGUCCUGGUAAAACCUGAGCUCUUUAUAUUAAUAUUAAGAGGUGCCUCAUCGAUAUUUUCGAUUUCCCAUAUAAAUUACAUGGAAAAAAAAUCAUUUUUUUUUGUGGUGGUUAUUGUGCGGAGAUUUUAAUGUGCACGCGAUGGCGGCCAGUAGGGAUGGUAAACUCGAUUCCGAUACUACUCGAAAAUCGAGUUUUCUCAUAAAAUAAUCGAUUUUUAAAAAUCGAUUUUCAGGAGUCGUAGUGGAUUAAGAAUCGGUUCUUGACAUUCGAAAAAUACAUUGUUUUGUUAUGAAACUUGAGGUUCGAAAUGAUUUUUCUGAUCAUUUUUGAGGGUAAUAAGGGGGUUAACAAAAAUACUUCAAAGUGACGCUAAAAUAUUUGAAGUAGCCCGCAAUGAAAAAUUUGGAAAAAUUGCGAACUAUUUCUCGCAAUCUACGUUCCGGAGAAAACGUGAAUUUUGCAACCAGAAUCAUGUCAACAUUCUUCUUAGAUGCUCACUGUUUAUGGUUCGAUGGCAGAAACGACGUUACGAGGCUGAUUGCACGAACUUGCUCAACUUCCAAUUAAUUCAUGUUAGUGUGUUUAUCACCCUUCUGUAUGGCUUUGCAGUCUGAUUUUGGUCAAAAGUCAUAUUCUUUUAAGAAACGUAUUUUGCUCCAAUGCGAUUAGGCCAUAAAGACCAUUUUACGAUCAGAAAAAUAUGAUCUUAAAAUUUCAUUAAUAUUAUAUAUAUUUUUAAGAUUUACCGAAAUUAGUGGUCGAAUUUCUACCAUUUUUGAAUAAAAUGUGGCAUACAUUGAUAAAACUGUUUGUGCAAAUUUUUGUUCCGAUGUCCUCAUUGGUGCAUAAUGAUUAGUUCCUAAGAUUUUCAAAUUCACCUAAAAAUUUUCACACUGAGACCUAUGCAGCUCUUUCGCUCCACCUCAUGUGUGAAAUGUAAUGCUUCUGGCGUAUUAAUUUAAUGAAUUAUCGUCAUUUUCUACACAACCGUUAUUUGAGGAGUGGGCAUGCUGUACCAAUACAUAUUCUUAUCUUAAAUUGAAACAUAGUUAUAGGACUUUGCGAAAGUAUAAAAAUAGAAUAUGAUAAGACACAAUAGAAAAAAUGGAGAAAAUCGAACAAUAAAAGAAUAUUAUACCAAGUGGUAAAAUCUAAAAUCAACAUCGCAUAUCGCUCAUUUGCUGCAAGACCGCCAUAAGUCAAAAAAAUCGAUUUUCCAGAAAACGCGUUUAAAGUUUUCAACUGACUACAACCUUACACGGUGACUCCAACCUUACACCUCUUCUCAAGCGGAGCAUAUAAGAGGUAUUCAUAUGAAUUUUUCACUCAACAUGAAGUAUGAUAUAACGAACAAUUCUGCAGCAUAAACUCAAAAAUCACGUUUUUUGAUUUAUGCCGGUCUUGCAGCAAAUGAGCGAUAUAUUGUAUGAAAGAUUAAACGGCACCGUUAACAAACUGAUUGGACCUUAUCAGUGUGGCUUUAGCUCUAGAAAAUGAACAACUGACCAGAUAUUCACCAAGCGCUAAAUCUUGAAAGAGACCCCUGAAAAGAGGAUCGACACAUAGCAUCUCUUCGUCGAUAUUAAAGCUGCUUUUGACAGCACGAACAGGUGAAACUAAUACUUCUGCGAAAAAUUAUGUUGAGCAAUACAAAAUUCCGAUAGAAUCAGGAAGCAUUUCUCCUAGCCGUUUGAAACCAAACUAGGUUGCAUACAAAGUGACACCCUAUCAUGCGACUUCCUCAUUCUACUCCUGGAGGAAAUAAUUUGAGCUGCAUAGCUGAAUACACAAGGUACAAUCUUCUACAAGAGUAUACAACUGCUGGCGUCCGCCGAUGACAGCAAAUGGGUUUGGGAGUGAACGAGGGCAAGACGAAAUAUCUCUCUUCAUCAAAGAAACAGUCGUGGCAUUAGUGACUUGGCUAAGAUAAUUUCGACUAUCUUGGAACCAAGAUUAACACCAACAAAAAUCCAACGCAUAAUAACUCUUGCCAACAGGUGCUACUUCGCACUGAUUAGGCAAAGUCCUCUCUCAACGAACAAAGACCAAACUCUCUAAGUCUCUCAUUAUUCCAGUACUGCUAUUUAGUGUAGAGGCAUGCACGAUGACAACAUCUGAUGAGUCAACGUUACGAGUUUUCGAGAAAAAGUUCUGCAGAAGAUUUAUGGCGAUUACCACAGUCGAUGGAACAAUGAGAUAUACGACAACAUUGACAUAGUCAGCGAAUUAAGAUACAACGGCUAUGCCGGCUAGGUCAUGUCGUCGGAAUGGAUGAAAACACUCCAACCCUGAGAGUAUGGAAUGCAGUACCCGCCAGGGAAAGCAGAGGAAGAGAAAGACCUGACUACACUUGAAAUCUCCAACUGACGCCAAAGAGCGAAAAGGAAGAACGACUGGCGCGCUGUUCCAAACUCGGCUAUAACCACGUAUGCGCUGUCUACCUCAAUAAAGUAGAAGAAGAAAAAGUAAAAUUUCGAAAGCUUGUGUUAUAAGCUAUGCUUUUUCUAAAGCAUUGAAAAAUUAUAUAUUUUCAAUAAUAUAACGACUAAGAAGUAUUAUAUACAUAAAUACAAGCUAUAUCAAAACAGUGAUCCAAAGAACCAAGCUUUGUUGGCCAAUACUUGGGUCAUGUACAAUUGCUUAGAAGUUACCGACACGCCGCCCAUAAUUUCGGCUUUAACCAUUUUUAAAAAUUAUCACUAAACGAGCCCCAAGUAACAAAACAAAUUUGAACAAUAGGAAGCGAGGAAGAAUAUCUCCAAUUUAUAACAUGAGGAACUUAAUUAACUCAACGACACGUCAUCUACAUACGUAAUUGAAUCAAUCCAAAAGACGGAUAUGUUUAAUAUUAGGUUGUCAAAAAAGUCUUGCAGCAUUUUCGCUAGUUGGCGCUGAAAGCGCGUAGUUCUAGUUUUAUGCGUCGCAUCGGGUCAUGCUAUACCUUUUUGGAAAGCUCAUUUCACGCGCUAACACGUGUUUGAUUGAUUGUCGUUUCUUU